UACGGUCUUUAGGGGGCUUCUCCCUCCAUCGAUCGAAACCAAAGAAGCUUCGCGGGUCUCCGUUGUUGCAGAAGCCUCUCGCAGGGAGGUUCUUCUCUCUUUGUGUGUCCGUUUCCGCAUUUGUAGCAGAUCUGGUAGAAACUCUGCGAUAACUGUUAAAGAUGGGCCUCUCCCAUCAAUUUUCGAUCUGGGUUCUGUUUUCCCUCUUGGUGCUUCAAUCUGGAGAUGGGUUUUAUCUUCCGGGUAGCUACCCUCACAAAUACCAGGUCGGCGAUCUAUUGUCGGUGAAGGUGAAUUCUCUCACUUCCAUCGACACUGAGAUGCCCUUCAGCUAUUACAGUCUUCCCUUUUGUAAGCCUCCAGGUGGUGUCAAGGAUAGUGCCGAGAACUUGGGUGAACUCCUCAUGGGUGAUAGGAUCGAGAAUUCGCCUUACAGGUUUAAGAUGUACACCAAUGAAUCCGAGAUCUUCCUCUGUCGAACUGAUCCCUUAUCAGCUGAUACCUUCAAGAUUUUGACGAAGAGGAUCGAUGAGAUGUAUCAGGUCAAUCUGAUACUUGACAACCUUCCGGCCAUUCGGUACACCAACAAGGAAGGUUACGUCCUCAGGUGGACUGGUUACCCUGUGGGGAUCAAGGUUCAGGACCUUUACUAUGUGUUCAACCAUUUGAAGUUCAAGGUUCUAGUCCACAAGUAUGAAGAGACCAAUGUGGCUCGGGUGAUGGGGACUGGGGACGCGGCUGAGAUGAUUCCUGCAGUCGAGAAGCCUGGAUCAGAGGUUCCGGGGUACAUGGUUGUUGGGUUUGAGGUUGUCCCUUGCAGCUUCCAACACAACCCAGAGGCCGUAAAGAACAAGAAGAUGCAUGAGAAGUACCCAUCAACAAUUAACUGUGAUCCCACCACUGUAGCAAUGGCCGUCAAGGAAGGCCAGCCGAUUGUUUUCACCUAUGAAGUCUUAUUUGAGGAGAGUGAUAUCAAAUGGCCAUCAAGAUGGGAUGCCUACUUGAAGAUGGAGGGUUCUAAGGUUCACUGGUUUUCGAUUCUCAACUCUUUAAUGGUUAUCACCUUCCUUGCUGGAAUCGUCCUCGUUAUCUUCUUGAGGACUGUCCGGAGAGACCUUACUCGGUAUGAGGAGCUUGACAAGGAGGCCCAGGCCCAGAUGAAUGAGGAAUUGUCUGGCUGGAAGCUUGUUGUUGGAGAUGUUUUCAGGGCUCCAAACAAUCCAGCCCUGCUGUGUAUAGUGGUAGGGGAUGGGGUUCAGAUUCUUGGAAUGGCAGUUGUUACAAUCUUGUUUGCUGCCCUAGGAUUCAUGUCUCCAGCUUCUCGUGGGACACUCAUCACAGGAAUGCUUUUCUUCUACAUGAUACUUGGUAUUGCUGCGGGUUAUGUCGCUGUUCGACUUUGGAGGACAAUAGGAUGUGGUGAUUGUACAGGAUGGGUUUCAGUUGCAUGGCGUUCUGCCUGCUUCUUCCCUGGUAUCGCUUUUCUGAUAUUGACCACUCUGAACUUCCUUCUGUGGGGUAGCCACAGCACUGGGGCAAUUCCAUUUUCUUUGUUCAUUAUCCUCCUUUUGCUAUGGUUCUGCAUCUCAGUUCCCCUUACCCUUGUGGGUGGGUACCUCGGAGCCAAGGCUCCUCAUAUUGAGUACCCAGUUCGGACCAAUCAGAUCCCUCGAGAAAUCCCAGCUCAGAAAUACCCAUCUUGGCUGUUGGUUCUAGGAGCCGGAACUCUUCCAUUUGGCACCCUCUUCAUUGAACUUUUCUUUAUAAUGUCUAGCCUUUGGAUGGGCCGUGUGUACUAUGUUUUUGGCUUCCUGUUCAUCGUUUUGAUCCUUCUUGUUGUCGUCUGUGCUGAAGUGUCUCUGGUCCUUACUUACAUGCACCUCUGUGUGGAGGACUGGAAAUGGUGGUGGAAGUCCUUCUUUGCCUCGGGUUCAGUUGCCAUCUACAUCUUCCUAUACUCGGUAAAUUACCUUAUAUUUGAUCUCAAGAGUCUGAGUGGCCCUGUAUCUGCCACUCUUUACCUGGGGUACUCUCUUUUCAUGGUUCUGGCAAUUAUGCUUGCAACUGGCACAGUUGGGUUCCUUUCAUCUUUCUGGUUUGUUCAUUAUUUGUUCUCUUCAGUAAAAUUAGAUUAAACCUCCCCACCAUGAGAAACAUUCUUUUCAGAGCAAUGGUGGAGAUACAGAGAUGUGAACAGUCAAGAAUCCUGGUCAUGCCCACAUGAAUUUUGUAUUCUUUUUCUAUCUUGGAUUCAUUGUGUUGUUCAGGAACUUGGUAAAGGUAAUAAUAACCUCAUCCAGUUUCGCUUGAAUUCUUUAUUAGAUAAUUGCUGCAUAACACCGUCUUACUUGCAUUUGGAGGAAUAGUAGUGGCAGUUAUUGGUACGAGAGCAUAUUUUUUUUUCCUUUUUGUUUUCUCUUAUUGGUUAUUGAGAAGAAAAGCUUAUGUAAGAAUGCAGAAUUUCAUGAUCUAUUUUAUUGAUUAUGAUGUAGAGUUGCCUUCUGAUUUUGUGUC